GUAAACACCAUUGGUGGUUUUUUCUGCUAUCAAUACUCCAUUUAUAGAAACCAAACCAGAAAAUGUAGCUAAUGGCUGCAAACAAACACGAGAGAAAGUAUAGAGAAGAAGGCCUUGAGAGAACGAGAAAUAACAUUGACAAUUUGGAUUACACAUCACAUGGUCAAAGUGUCAAAAAAUAGAGAAAAAAAAAAAUCACACUUUAUCGCACAAUCACCCACUACAUUACACUUCCUCAAAUCACAGAUAGAGAGAGAGAGACACACACAUACGUGUGCCAUGUUGUUUGUGUUAGCAGUUUUCUUUCCUUCGCCGAUAAACACUCCUUAGCUCUAUCUUGUUGCUCAAUCCUCUCCCCUCCAAUCCAAUUUCUCUCUCUCUCUCUCUCUUCCCCUUUUCUUUUCCCCUGCAUAAAUUCCACGCACACCCACUUCCCAAUCCGCGCACACAGAUCCAAAGUUCUUCUCUUUUUCACCUUUCCACGCUAAUUCCCCAUCUGGGUCAUCCAAAUUCACAACAUUACUUUGCUAAUCAACCCAACCCUAAUUCUCUGUUUUUAAUCCCAAUUUUCAUCCCUUUGGUUUUCCUGAUCAGAAUCUUCCACCCAUGUCGCGAGUCUUCGGUAGAUGGAAGAAUGCGAAGGAAAUGGCGUUGCUUUCGGGGUCCCUGCCACGUGGGCACCAUCGAACCGGGUUCAAUUUUUGCCCAAUUUCGACCCACCUGAACAUGAUCGCCGGCCACCGGUGGCGGGAGGCUCCGGUGGGGGUUCAGGAGCGGUACAAGUGGGACCGCGGCGGGUCGGACGAUACCUCGUCCCGGAAGAUCCGGGCCGAGGCGAAUUGCCCACGUUGCACCAAAGACAUGAACCUUGUUUUCUCCAAUCGCCACUUUCCCACCCCACAAAUUGAAUCUGAAUUGGGUGGUGGAGAAAGAGAAAAGGGUUACCAAUCGGUGAACCUUUGCCCAAGUUGCAAAACUGCUUAUUACUUUCGCCCUUAUGACACUACACCUUUGCAAGGUACCUUUGUGGAGAUUGGUAGGGUCACUAGUACUAACAAUAAUGGUGUUAAUAAUGUAAGCGGUAAGGGGCCUUCUCCUAGGAGGAUCACACAUGGGAAGGGUGGUGGCAAAGAGGGUAGUAGUAGUAGUACUAAUAAGGGGGAGGAAUUUGGGGGCAAGAGUAAUAGUAAUGCAAGUAAAUGGCUUGAAGUGUCAUUGUGGGAGACUUUGAUGGCUUACAAUGGUGGUGCUGGUGGAGGUGAUGGUAGUAAUGGCGAGCCACCUGAGUCGUGGCCGCUGCCACCAGAUGAUGGUAGUAAUGGGAAUGGGAAUGGGAAUGGAUUGGCUGUGCAUACUCCUCCAGGCCCACCUUUUGCACCUGGGAUUAAUGUUAUCCGGGCUACGGGGCCACGGAAUGGCGGAUCGGGUGGUGCAGGUGGGGGCAAGGGCGAGAAGACUGCCUGGGGAGGGUCUAAUUUGGGGAAGGAUUUUCCCUCGCCCAAGGAAAUCUGUAAGGGUCUCGACAAGUUUGUUAUUGGCCAACAGAGAGCCAAGAAGGUGCUCUCUGUAGCUGUUUAUAACCACUAUAAAAGAAUAUACCAUGCCACUUUACAGAAAGGGUCAGCCGCAGAUUCAGGAGCUUCAGAAGUAUUAGAUGAUGACGAUAAUGUGGAACUAGAAAAGAGUAAUGUUCUCUUGAUGGGUCCAACAGGGUCAGGGAAGACAUUACUUGCUAAAACACUAGCUCGAUUUGUGAAUGUGCCGUUUGUCAUUGCUGAUGCAACAACCUUAACACAGGCUGGUUAUGUUGGAGAAGAUGUCGAAUCAAUACUGUAUAAACUACUUGUGGCAGCAGAUUUCAAUGUUGCAGCAGCUCAACAAGGAAUAAUUUACAUUGAUGAAGUUGACAAAAUAACUAAGAAGGCCGAGAGCUUAAAUAUCAGUCGGGAUGUUUCUGGUGAGGGUGUUCAGCAGGCAUUAUUGAAAAUGCUGGAAGGAACUAUAGUAAAUGUUCCUGAGAAAGGAGCUAGGAAGAAUCCACGGGGGGAUAACAUUCAGAUGGACACAAAAAAUAUUCUUUUUAUAUGUGGUGGAGCAUUUAUUGAUCUUGAAAAAACCAUUUCGGAGAGACGACAAGAUUCUUCUAUUGGUUUUGGAGCCCCAGUUCGUGCAAAUAUGAGAGCUGUUGGAAUAACAGAUUCUGCAGUAACAUCAUCUUUACUUGAGUCAGUGGAAAGCGCUGAUCUUAUUGCAUAUGGCCUCAUACCAGAGUUUAUUGGACGAUUCCCCAUUUUAGUCAGCUUGUCAGCUUUAACUGAAGACCAACUUACGAUGGUCCUCACUGAACCAAAAAAUGCUCUUGGCAAGCAGUACAAGAAAUUAUUUAGCAUGAACAAUGUUAAGUUACACUUCACAGAGAAUGCUCUAAGGCUGAUAGCAAAAAAAGCGAUGGCCAAAAAUACUGGUGCCAGGGGUUUAAGAGCCCUACUGGAAAGCAUUUUAACCGAAGCCAUGUUUGAGAUUCCUGAUAUUAAGACAGGAAGUGACCGAGUUGAUGCAGUUGUAAUCGAUGAAGAGUCAGUAGGAUCACUAACUGCCCCUGGAUGUGGAGGGAAAAUUCUUCAUGGAGAUGGUGCUUUAAAGCAGUACCUCGCUAAGAUGAAGGAUUCAGCGGUGAAUGUAGACGUAGGUGAAUCAGAUUUACAAGAGGGGGAUUUGGAGCUUUCAUCAAGAGCCAUUAGCUUGUGAUAUUACUACAUCUACCAUAUUCGGGACUUGUUUUAAUCAAACCUAGAUGGCUGGAUUGUGCAACACGUGUGAAGAUAUCAUCCCUCAGAAUCCAACGUACCUUUCUCUCUCUGCCGCUUUCAUUUUCCUUCUACUGCGCACUCCUCCGCCCUUCACCACGACGCCGCCGGGUCAGCUUAGGGACUUCUUCUCAUCGCCAUUGUCGAGGUUUUCAUACUCUCUUUUUUUCUCUUCUUCCAUCUCCCUUGAAAAUCCUUUCUCAUUUCCUCGAGAAACUUUCCAGAUCCAAAUGUAACCCGUAGUUAAUCAAUAUCAGUGUCACUGACCACAAAUGCGGUGUUGAUCUGAAGCUUAGACAAUUAAUUUUU